AAACUUGACAGUUUGGUCAAAUCAGAACCUUUGCCAUGGAGGGGAAGACUUUUGUGUUAGUUCUGCUUUGUAUGGUAUGGUCAAGGGUGGCUGCCAUCAGAGUUGAUAUUCCUCGGGAUGUGUAUAAGUUUGCCCGAGGAGACAACAUCACACUUCCUUGCACAUUUCAAAGUACUCUAUCCAAAAUAGACCUGGCCAUAAUCUCUUGGUCUGCUGACGGUCCAGAAACUGAUGCAGAUAACCUGAUACUUACCUACUAUCAUCCUGCUGGAGUCACAGACAUCAAGAGAAAAUAUGAAGGACGGGUGGCUGUAGAUGUUAAAGUUAAUGGCGCUUCUGGGAAGGCUGACCUUAAGCUUUCCUCCAUCACACUAGACGACAACAAGGAAUUUGACUGUGAAGUUCAGAUCCCCUCAGAUGAUGAGGGACAAUCAAUUGAUGCAACACGUUUGACUGUUCUAGUGGCUCCAUCUCCCCCCAUCUGUAGGGUACAAGGUAAAGCAGAAUACGGCCAAAACAUCAACAUCACCUGUUACUCUGAGGAAGGGUCUCCUCCUCUUACUUACAAAUGGGAGAGUCGUGAUGUGAGGAACGCACUUCGUGCUCCAUGGCCAAGAACCACUGACAACGGAGGCGUCCUUCGUCUUUAUGACAUCUCCAGGGAGACCUCAGGAUACUACAUCUGCACAUCAAGCAACAGUGUCUCCUCUGCUACCUGCAGCAUCCCCCUUGCAGUCUUUCCGCCUGGCAUGAAGGUCGACUCGACUGCAGGACUCCAGACUAUUCUCAAUCUUUUCUGUGAAAAAGACGUGACAGGAGUUGCACCAGGCAAUAAUACAGCAAUGGAGGGCUCAGAUCCAAAAGAAGGAAAAGACUGAAGUCUUGACUGAUGCAGCAGCAAUCGUAAACCUCCUUCUACACCUCCUGGACAGCAUGGGGUCACCUUAGAGGUACAGUAGUUUGAGCUUUAAGUGUAAAAAUCAAUAAAUUUUAAAAUUGCUACAGAAAAUAAAGCAUUUUGGGCUCAGUCAUGUGUGCCUUUGUCAGAUGAUCAGCCAUGAAGUGUAACAAUUUCUAUAUUCUACGCUAGUAACUGAUUUUCUAUAACUAUCAUGCAAUCUUAAAAAGUGGCUUAUAAUUAAAACAACAUUAUUAAAUGCUGUUCUUUACUCAUUCUGGGCUCUUUUAAUCUUACAGAUUCAGUCUGUGAGGCCUUAAGAAGUGUAUUUAUAGAAACAUAAUUCUUCAACAUUUUGUUUUUUGGGCUUUAGUUCUGCAUGUUGUCACAUAUAUGCCCAAUCUUUUAUUCCUAAUAACUCAAAAUUAUGUCUGCCGAACCUUCAGCAUUUUCCACAAAUAAAUCCUAAAUGUAUUUGACUUUUAAAUGU